AAGAGCCGGGGGGAAGUCUUUUGUGAUGACACAAGCUGGUUACACUGGCGCCUGGCUUUUUGGCGCUGCAGUUUGAGAUUCAACUGUUCCGUUGGAUGUUUCUAGUUGUGUAAUAACAGGAGAACAAAACCAACUUAUUUUUUAACUUUUAUUUGGAAAAAAACAAUUGUAUAUUUCCUUCAACGUCUACCUCAAAGUAAACGAGUCGCCCUGCUGUCAACAUGUACGUCAUUAAACGAGAUGGACGCCUGGAGGGAGUUACCUUUGACAAGAUUACCUCUCGCAUUCAGAAGCUUUGUUAUGGACUCAACACUGACUUCGUCGACCCUGCCCAGAUUACGAUGAAGGUGAUUCAGGGUCUUUACAGUGGGGUCACCACUGUGGAACUGGAUGUUCUGGCAGCAGAGACGGCAGCCACUCUCACCACCAAACAUCCAGACUACGCCAUUCUAGCUGCACGAAUAGCUGUGUCCAACCUGCAUAAAGAGACCAAGAAAGUUUUCAGCGAUGUGAUGGAAGACCUGUACAACUACGUCAACCCUCUGAACAAACGACACUCCCCGAUGAUCUCCAAAGAGACGUUGGACAUCAUCAGUGAAAACAAAGCUCGCCUCAACUCAGCCAUUAUUUACGACAGAGACUUUUCCUACAACUUCUUUGGCUUUAAGACUCUUGAGCGGUCGUAUUUGCUGAAGAUUAACAGCAAAGUCGCUGAGAGGCCGCAGCACAUGCUGAUGAGAGUAGCCGUUGGAAUCCAUCAAGGAGACAUCGAUGCAGCCAUAGAAACCUAUAACCUGCUGUCAGAGAAGUGGUUCACCCACGCCUCACCCACACUGUUCAACGCAGGCACCACCAGGCCGCAGCUCUCCAGCUGUUUCCUGCUCACCAUGAGAGACGACAGCAUUGAAGGCAUCUACGAUACUUUGAAACAGUGUGCUCUCGUCUCCAAAUCAGCCGGUGGCAUUGGACUCGCAGUCAGUUGUAUCAGAGCAACAGGCAGCUACAUUGCAGGGACCAAUGGCAGAUCCAACGGGCUGGUCCCAAUGCUGCGAGUCUUUAAUAACACUGCCCGCUACGUCGACCAAGGAGGAAACAAGAGACCUGGAGCCUUCGCUGUGUAUCUGGAGCCGUGGCACUCUGACGUGUUUGACUUCUUAGAACUGAAGAAGAACACGGGGAAAGAGGAACAGAGGGCCAGAGACCUGUUCUUUGCUCUGUGGAUCCCAGACCUCUUCAUGAAACGGGUGGAAACUAAUCAGGACUGGUCUCUGAUGUGUCCCAGUGAAUGUCCAGGUCUGGAGGACUCCUGGGGGGAGGAGUUUGAGGAGCUCUACACCAGGUAUGAGAAGGAGGGCCGGGCGAGGCGUGUGGUGAAGGCUCAGCAGCUGUGGCACGCCGUCAUUGAGUCACAGACAGAAACAGGAACUCCCUACAUGCUCUACAAGGACGCCUGCAACAGGAAGAGCAACCAGCAGAACCUGGGAACCAUCAAAUGUAGUAACCUGUGCACAGAGAUCGUGGAGUUCACCAGUAAGGACGAGGUGGCCGUGUGUAACUUGGCCUCCAUCGCCCUCAACAUGUUCGUGACCCAGGAGAGAACCUUUGACUUCAAAAAGCUGGCGUCCGUCACCAAAGUCAUCGUCAAGAACCUCAAUAAGAUCAUUGACAUCAACUACUACCCGGUGCCCGAGGCCGAGCGGUCCAACAGGCGACACAGACCCAUUGGCAUCGGUGUCCAGGGUCUGGCCGAUGCCUUCAUUCUCAUGCGCUAUCCCUUUGAAAGCCCAAAGGCCCAGUUACUGAACAUUCAGAUCUUUGAGACCAUCUACUACGCCGCCCUGGAGGCCAGCUGUGAACUGGCAGAGAGGUUCGGUACCUACGAAACCUAUCCUGGUUCUCCUGUCAGCAAGGGAAUCCUCCAGUUUGACAUGUGGGGUAAAACCCCGACUGACCUGUGGGACUGGAGCUCACUCAAGGAGAACAUUUCCAAACACGGUGUGAGGAACAGCCUACUGCUGGCUCCCAUGCCCACGGCGUCCACCGCCCAGAUCCUGGGCAACAACGAGUCCAUAGAAGCCUACACCAGCAACAUCUACAGCCGCAGAGUUCUCUCUGGAGAGUUCCAGAUUGUGAAUCCUCACCUGCUGAAGGACCUGACGGAACGAGGACUGUGGAGCGACCGGAUGAAGAACCAGCUCAUCGCUCACAACGGCUCCAUCCAGGACAUCGCAGAGAUUCCUGACGAUCUGAAGCAGCUUUAUAAAACGGUGUGGGAAAUCUCCCAGAAAACUGUCCUGAAGAUGGCAGCAGAUCGCGGCGCUUACAUCGACCAGAGCCAGUCUCUCAACAUCCACAUAGCCGAGCCCAACUACGGCAAACUGAGCAGCAUGCACUUCUAUGGCUGGAAGCUGGGCCUGAAGACAGGCAUGUAUUACCUGAGGACCAAACCUGCUGCAAACCCCAUUCAGUUCACUGUGAACAAGGAGAAGCUGAAGGAGGCGCAGGCAGCCAGGAGUGUGGAGGAGUCAGAGGAGGAGACCAGGGAGCGGAACACUGCUGCUCUGGUCUGCUCUUUAGCCAACAAGGAUGAGUGUCUGAUGUGUGGCUCCUAACUCACACACACACAUUUACUGACAAAUGAACUGGUUUUAAAACCAAGUGUUAAUUAUCUUCAUCGGUACAGUUUGUAAUUAAAUGUUAAUGUUUUCAUCGUGGGAUUAAAUUUGUUGUAUUUAUAGAAUCAUCAAUGUGAUUUAAAUGAACGGAGGAAUUUUUUCUGAUGUAAUAAAUGUUUUUGGGUUUUUUUUAUAUAAACAUCACAUCAGUCUGUAUUUAAAGUGUGAAGAGAAAUAAAGUUUUUAUACAAA